AUGAAGCUUUCAUCUGUUCUUUCAGUCUUUUCAUUGCUAGCUGUUGCUACGUCGAAUCCAAUUGUAACUGAAGUGGUCUACAACACAAUCGAGGUUGUCACUACUGCCACUGCCACUGUCACUCAGACAGUUCAAGUUACCACCAUCAGCGAGGCUAAAUUUGCUUAA